AUGUCUGCUACUGUUGCUCGUUCCCAUGGUAGUGAUGGAGCAGAUCAUCCUCCUCUAGAUCCCAUGCGAGUUCCUACUUCCUCGGCAGCCACAAAAAGAAGAGUUGGUGAUUUCGAGACAUCAUUCAUGAGACUUAUUGGUAACCUUAUUGGUCACCAUGUUCCAUUAUAUUAUGACUCAUGGCAGAAUGUUCCAGAUGAGGACAAGAUUGGAUUGAUGUGGAUUUACUUUUGGCUGCUUAUGGCUGCUGCUUGUGGUCUUUUCAUCAGUGAAGAAGCUUUAAAUAUCUGGGUUGGCAUAUCUAUAGCAAGGAUGUUAACUUUGGAUGGGUCAUGGAAGUCUCUUGCAGAGUCCUUUUCUAGGAAUGCUGGAUACAUAACAUUGACGAUUUUUUGGGUGUACUGGGGAGUGUGCAUUAGUGACUUGAUACCAUUUUAUUUUGGAAAGCUUUUCAAGCAGUCUGGGGCAUCUGAUGAUAUUUGUUCAAAGUUAGGGAUUGGAAAAGAGAAAGCUUUGAGCAUAACUCGUGUUGUUAAAAAAUAUGGCAAUCUCAUUGGUUUUGUUGAACGAUUUUCCCUUGGAGUAAGAAAUCCAACAACAUUUUUGGUCGAGGCAUCGACGCUAAUAAUGGGAAACCGUGACAAUAUUGACAAAAUGCCUAGCACAAAUAGCUCUGUGCUUCUUUCAAUUCUUAAGUUGAUUGAAAAAUAUGAUCUAUAUGGUCAAGGUGUUUUCAUAAAUCUAGCCUUCAUUGAGCCAUUUGGACUUACUUUAAUUGAGGUUAUUACUCUUGAGGAUGUAAUAAAGGGAAUUAAGAUGCUAAAGAAGAUAGGCAAAAAAUUAAGUGGCGAGGAUUGGAAUUGGAACAACUUAAACACAUUAUGUUGGGCAAUAGGGUCUAUAUCUGGUUCGAUGAUGGAAGAACAGGAGAACAGAUUUUUGGUUAUGGUCAUUCGUGACUUGCUGAAUUUAUGCGAAAUCACGAAAGGGGAGGAUAACAAAGCUGUCAUCGCAAGUAACAUUAUGUAUGUUGUUGGACAGUACCCGAGGUUUCUAAGAGCUCACUGGAAGUUCCUAAAAACUGUUGUGAACAAAUUGUUUGAGUUCAUGCAUGAGACACAUCCUGGUGUUCAGGAUUUUGUUCUGUUGUUGUUUUCUUGUCUCAUUAAUAGUUGCAAAACAUUUGCUUGA